AUGGCGGACAAGACUUUCAAGCUCAAUACCGGGGCCGAGAUCCCAGCUCUGUGCUUUGGUACCUGGCAAGGUGAGGGCGACAAGGUCAAGUCAGCUGUAUCCUACGCUCUGCAGAACGGGUACAAGGGCGUAGACUGUGCGUACUGCUACGCCAACGAGGAUUCGGUGGGCGCCGGCCUGGCCGAGGCAUUCAAGGCGGGCGUCAAGCGUGAGGACAUCUUCGUGACGAGCAAGGUCUGGUGCACUUACGUCAGCUCGCCCGAGCGCGUCGUUGAGAGCUUGGAGAAGAGCCUCAAGGCUCUAGGCCUCGAAUACCUUGACCUCCUCAUGGUACACUGGCCCGUCGCCAUGAACCCCAAAGGCAACCACGACAGGUUCCCCACAUUGGAGAACGGAAGCAGGGAUAUCCUCCACGGCCACUCACACAUCGACACCUGGAAGAACAUGGAGUUGGUCUUGCAGACGGGCAAGGUCAAGGCCAUUGGUGUUUCCAACUAUAGCAAGCGUUACCUUGAGCAGCUUCUGCCUCAUGCCACGGUCAUCCCUGCCGUCAACCAGAUUGAGAACCACCCCUCGCUGCCCCAGCAGGAAAUCGUUGACUUCUGCAAAACGAAGGGCAUUCACGUCAUGGCCUACAGUCCUUUUGGCAGUACGGGAAGCCCCAUGUUCACCGCCGAGCCGGUCGUCAAGGUGGCUGAGAGGAAGAGCGUCGCCCCCGGUACCGUCCUCCUUAGCUACAACGUCGCCCGCGGAAGCACCGUCAUUGCCAAGUCUGUGACCCCCGAGCGCAUCCAGGAGAACCUCAAGAUUGUCGACCUGGACAGCGAGGACCUCGAUAUCCUCGACAACUACUCCAAAGACCUCGCCCAGAAGGGCGAGCUUAAGCGCUAUGUCUACCCGCCUUUCGGGAUCGAUUUCGGCUUCCCCGACAAGUCUUAG